AUGGAGAACCCCUAUGAACAAGUACAGAGUAAUAUUUUGUCACGAAUUAUAAGGAACGUGGAACGAUUGAACCAGAGCGUGAGCACUUUGAACCAGGAGCUGGAGAUCAUAAACAAGAAGAACAAGAGCUUGGAAAUAAUGGGCCAAGUAUCUGAGAAUUACCAUAAUAGUAUGCAAUUCAAUUUGGAGGCCACAGGAAACAAGAAACAACCUAUUUAA